CGCCUCUGGCUUCCCAGUCGGCGGAAACAGAAGAAGAGCGGAGGCGGAGAGCCACGUUAGUUGGUGGUUACUACUAGUAGUAGCCGGUUAGUCUUCCGCCGCAGCAGGUUGGCAGCGUCGCGAUCUCUGAAAUGAACGGGCUGGACGAGGAACCGAUGGUGCCGCAGACCUUUCUUUACGGAUGUGUCCUAGAGUCUGGAAAGGAGGUGGUGUUCAACCCGGAGGACGAUGACUUUGAGCAUCAGCUAGAUCUCAGGAUGGCCUGUGUGGACCCCAGCACAAAAGAUGAACUUCACAUGGUGGAGGUGGAAGGACAAGACACAGAGGGUCAGAAAAUCAAGGCAGCACUGGUUUCACUUAAACCCUCUACCCUCCCAAGUGUUUGUCUUGGUGGUUUCACAAUCACCCCCCCGGCAGUUUUCCGUCUGAAGGCAGGUUCUGGUCCAAUCCAUAUCAGUGGACAACACCUUGUCAUGAUGGAAGCUGAUCAGUCUUUUGAUGAAGAUGAUGAUGACGAGGAUGAAGAGGAGGAGGAGGACAUCAAAACAUCAAAGAAAAGACCUGCUUCCUCUCCUGCCCUCAAGUCUCAGAAAAAAAUGAAAAUGGACAUGGAGGAUGAAGACGAUGACGACGAAGAUGAUGAGGAUGAUGAGGAUGACGAAGAGGAUGAUGAUGAGGAGAGUGAGGAGGAGGAAUCACCUGUUAAGGCCAAGCCAACACCAUCCAAACAACCAGCCCCUGCUCAGAAUGGCAAGAGUUUAAAACCCAACACUCCAGCCAAAAAGCAGGAAAAGACCCCUAAAGGUAAGGGUGACAAGUCACCCAAAACCCCACCAACCCCAAAGGAAAACUUAACACUUCCUGAGAUUAAAGCCAAGUUGAUGGAAGCGGUGAAGAAGGGCGUGACAUUACCUAAAGCUCAGCACAAGUUUGAGAACUUCUUGAAGCAUGGUCAUAGAGUCUCAGAUGCCAAGGUUGUUGCAGAGAUGUGGAAGUGGAGACAGACGGUGAAGGAUGCUAAAUAACAGUCUAAAUAACAGUAGUUUUAUUAUCUCUUUUUAUGACUUGUUUAUAUCCAUAGCACCUCAAACCAUCUGAAACCAAACUCAGUGCCUCACAGUUGUCAUGAAUUCAUUCAAAAUCUAAUCCAGCUCCACCUGCCCUCCUGUAUGAAGAGACUGGAUAGGUAGUGCUGUGGAUGGUGCUGGUGCACUGUGCUGAUGCAUUGUCUUUCCACCUCCCUCAAGCUCUCAUUGGGGGCAGAGAAAUUACUUUACUUUACUUUUCUAAUUUAGCCCUAGGAGAACCAUCUUACAAAUUUGCAUCAUUGUAAAUGUGUAAAUAAAAUCCUCACUAGAUUUUUGGCAGAAUUGUAUGCAGGAACAAUAAAAAUGCAUCAGAUCACUAUACACAAGACUAGUAACAAAGCAGUCCAAGAACGUUUAACUUCAAAUCCAUUCAAUAAAAACACUGGCUAAUAUUGGCCAUAGUUGCAUCAUUUGUCAGUUUUGGAAGGGUAGAAUUGUUGCCUGACAUCGGAAGUGAUGAUCACAAUAUUGAUUUGUUUAGUAACAUUAGCAUAAAAGUAAACUUUGCACUUUUUAAAAAUGUUUUGAAUAUUUGUGCUAUUGUGAGAUUCUAUGGUAAAGAUCAAGAAACACCUUUUUUUUGUUUGAAACAUUGUAUCAGAAUUCAGAGGGUUCUUAUUUUUCAUGUAUUUUACCGUCCAGAAAUAGUCAACCAUUUUGGUAUUAAGCCACAAGCUCCAUUAGCCUUUGAGAGCAAAGUAAAAAGUGCAGCACCCGACACAUCUCAUCUCUAUUGGCCUAUGUGGAGAUUGGUCUUUUGUGUUCCAUCUCCUUCUGUUGCCAUGACUACUGAUAGCCCAUAGGACAAAAGUUAAGUACUUACUCUGUGAGUGACUGAGUGAAGGAAUUUGCAAAUUUUUUUAUUUUUUUUUUUUUAAGCUGCUAAAAUUUUCCGAACCACAUGUUGCAAAUGUGUUGAAUUCAGUGUUCUACAUUGUAAUACUCUUAAGAAAUACCCACCUGCAGUCAAAGUUUAAUGAAGCCACAAAUUCUGUUCUCAUUUGAGCGGUUGAAGUUAGAUGAAAAAUGUAAAUGUAGGUGCAUUGUUAAAGCAGAAGAUCAUUCCAUGUUAGCAAGAAACAAGUGAGUUUGUUUGACUUUAAAUAUGCUGUUGGUUUGGACGAACUAUCCCGAGAUUGAUUAAAUAAAAACAAAUAA